CGUUGAUCCGUCCAUCUCUAUUCUCCGGUGCCCGGCGUGAUGCCGCCUGUUCGCCGAGUCCGCCGCUUGCAUCCCGCCGCAAGCCCGUACCCCACCGACCGGCGCGCGGAAGCCAAAUCUGAUCACGCCAGUGACGGCGCGCCUCCGGCUCCAGCCACUCUUCUACCCGACGACGUCCUCUUCGCCAUCUUCUCCCACUCCUCAGGCGCCGCCGACGUCGCGCGCUGCGCCGCGACGUGCCGCCGCUGGGGCAGCGUGGUGGCCGCCCGCGCCGCCGCCAUCUGCCGUGCCCUGCCGGUGCCGCCGCCGCCCGCCACGUUCCUUCCCCACCUCGCGCUCGGCGUCUUCUUCCCGCAGCACAAGAACGCUCGCGCGGGGGCGCGGCUGCGCUUCGUGCCCACGGCCGCGGCAUUGUCCUCCAGCUACUCGCGGCGGCUCCUAGCAGGCCCGAUCACCACCGGCAGCGCCGUCGUCGACUUGGAGUUGGACUUGGACCACGCCCGCCCCGUCGCGUCGCGCAACGGCCGCGUGGUCCUCCAGCUCCGGCGCGCCGGCUGCCUCACGCUCUGCGUGUGGAACCCCUCCACGGGGGCCGUGUCCGUGCUCCCGCCGCUCUCCGGCGAGGACUACCCCGGAACCGACUACGCGUGCGCGAUCCUCACCAGCGAGGACCUCGCCACCGGGCCGCUGUCCACCUCGCCGGGCUUCUUCCGCGUUCUCGUCGUCUACGAGCGCCGCCGCCGCAGCUUCACCACGCUACGGUGCUACUCCUCCGACACCGGCGGCUGGGGCGCAGAGGCCAAGAAGCCCGGCGACAAGAUCAGCGGCCGUGUGCUCCGGCAGCUCCGCCCGGCCGUCGUGCUCGGCGGCGUCGCCUACUGGUCCAUGCGCCGUGCCGCGUUCGGCGUGCGGCUCGACGGUGGCACGUCGUUGUCGUCACCGGCGACGAUGGACGUGUGCUCGGUGCCGUACCAGCUUAAGCUGUUAAGGCUGAACGACCACAUGGUGGGCGUAUCACCGGAGGACGGGAGAAUGCGCUUCAUUGUGAUGGGCUUCUUCGCAAGGAAACUCCUUGCAAUUGAUUUAUUUACCUCAAGGCUUCGUCAGGCCUCCGGUGAUCAAAUUGAUGACGACGGCAUCAUGGUAAACGUACAGGAGAUCAAAUUGCCAAGGAAUUGUGUACCCAAUAACGUCAAGCUGCGGUGGUUCGGUGAGAAGAGUGGCACGAUCAUCAUCACUGCCGGCGAAACCGGCAGCAGCACAAGUGACGUCUUCGCGUUUAACCUUUUUACCGGAUCAGUGGAGAAGCUGGCCCAAGGUGUUAGCAACCAUGAGUGCAGAAACCUGUACGGUUAUGAGGUGAUCCCGCAGCACUCCUUGCGUCCGUAGCUCUGUGGCUCCAUUCAUUGAUGUCAGAUGUGGACUAGCAUCGGCAUAAUUCGCCUAUAAUAACCUUCUAUCGAAGCACU